GCUCAGCCAGUCUCUCCAUCUCUGAUUUUGUGUUUGCCGCGUCGUCAAUCAUUCACCGUUAAACAAAGGGAGCAGAAUGGGAGCAAAGCUCAGUCGAAAGAAGAGUGAAGCUGGGAUUGGAGCAGAGACAGCAGAUCCAGCUGUGGCAGAGACUGAAACAGCAGACGGGACUGAGAACCAAGAGCAGAAAUGUUGUGAAGGGAACAAGCCUGAAGAAGAGAAGCCUGAGUCCUCAACCAACGUCCUGGACAGCAUUACACAAGCUGUAGGAGAAACAGUGAACGCAGUCACUGAACAGAUUGCUGCACCGGUGGAAGAUGUGGUAAACAAAGGCAUUGAAGCAGUGGAGUCUGCAUUGGCAUCCGUCAGUCUGAUCGGGAAGGAAUCUGCAGAGCAAGACCCCGAGCAGAAGUCUGAUCCUGCUUCUUCUGAUGUUGAACCCAGCCUUUUGGAUGACCUGCUGAAAUCUCCAAUCUCAGAAGCCCUCAUUUCUGGAGUCGCAGUGGUGAGUGAAGCCAUGACCGGUGAGACGGUGGAAGACAAAAGUAGUAAUCCUGCACCAGCAGAGAAGGAAUGUCUGGAUAAGGUGGAGACGCCCUCAUUGGACCUCAUGGACUGUAAACUGACUCAUGAAACCACACUCCCUGACUCGGAUCCCUCAUUCACUUUGGAGGAUAUGGGACAGAAAGCAGUAGACACAGUCAACCUCAUAUAAACCACUAUACUCUCCUUUAGAAGACAGCAGCGGCUGAAAGGUCAUUAGACGCAUGUGUAUCACAACAUUAUUAAAGAAAAUGAACAGUCAUGUUUUCCCCCCAAGGAUUUAGAAUUGAAACAGGAUUGUGUGAUUCAGAAUUUAACUUGGGUAGCAAACUGGAUGAAGAAUACAUUUUUUUAAAUGCAUAAUGAAAUUAAUAAAUUAACCAAUAGUUGUAUAAAUAAAAUCAAAAGUUAAGAAAAACUUUGAAAGUUAGCCUUGUUCUUUAAAGAGAAUGUUCACCUAAAAUUCUAAAUUACCUCAUUUAUUCUCCAUCAUUACGAGUUUUUUUCUUCUGUUGAACACAAAAGAUGACAUUUUGAAGAUUGCUGUUGUUGUUGGCACCAAUUGACUACGAUAGUAGGAAAAUACACAUACUAAUGGAAGUCAAUGGGUCCCCCAGCAUUCUUCAAAUAUCUUCUUUUGUGUUCAACACCGAAAAUGAACUCAAGUUGGUAAUAUCCCAGCAAACAAAUUUGUGUCUAAUAGACAUCUAAACGUAGACAGCUCGGCUAAAACAAGGUUAAACUUAGGCUGUCAGUGAAAAUCUAAUAGACAUC